GGACGUGCAUCUCUUUCGGUUCCUCUAUGCUUUGAUGCACAAUCCAAUCAUCUCUACUUCACACCUGUAGGGGCUGGCGGACAGCUCUCCAUUCAUGUGCAUUUAUAGUAGAUGUAACGCGCACGUUUUAUUUGUGAUCUUUAUCAGAAGAUAUAUGCCACAGUGAUAGGACGCAACUUCAUAGACUUCGGCAUUUCAGCGCAACAAUCCAUGGCGCCUGGGAAUCUCUCAUAUUCGCUGUAUGACAACAGCAGCCAUCGAGACCUCGAGUCUAGUUUGGAUGUUAACACAGAUAUAUACUCAAAGGUACUGAUCACCGUGAUAUACAUCGUGCUGUUUUUGGUCGGUUGUCUGGGGAAUUCCAUCACGCUGUAUACUUUAGUACGGAAGAAAUCCUUACAGAACCUGCAGAGCACUGUGCAUUACCACCUGGCCAGCCUGGCUGUUUCCGACCUCCUCAUCUUGAUCCUCUGCAUGCCCAUUGAGCUGUACAACUUCAUAUGGGUGCACCACCCAUGGGCAUUUGGAGAAGCUGUUUGCAAGGGUUACUACUUCUUACGAGACGGCUGCUCCUACGCGACCGUGCUUAACAUCGCCAGCUUGAGCGUCGAGCGUUACAUGGCAAUCUGCCAUCCUUUUAAAGCAAAGAGUAUUAUGUCCAAGAGCCGCACUAAGAAACUGAUAAGCGGAAUGUGGAUUUUGUCCUUUAUCCUGGCCGCACCGAUGCUCUUUACCAUGGGGCAGCAGAACAUGGGCGGCGAGAACAUCUGCACCACCAUUGUAUCCCUGCUUAGCUCCAAGAUUGUGUUGCAGGUGAAUGCCUUGCUCUCCUUCGUGGUUCCCAUGGCAGCGAUCUCGGCACUGAAUGGAAUGAUCGCCAGCCAGCUCCUUCACAUGUUCCGCCAGGCUGAGCGGGACACCCGCGUGUGCGUCGUCGGAGGAAGCCCAACCAUGCUGAGUGUCUCAAUGGAGCCCAAUCGCAUCCAGUCCCUGCGCCAUGGCGUCAUGGUCCUGCGUGCUGUGGUCAUCGCGUUUGUGGUGUGCUGGCUGCCCUACCACACGAGACGGCUCAUGUUCUGCUACGUCACUGAGUGGACAGACAGCCUUUAUGACUUCUACCACUACUUCUACAUGGUGACAAACGUGCUGUUCUAUGUCAGCUCUGUUAUCAACCCCAUCCUCUACAACCUGGUAUCGGCAAACUACAGGCAGAUCUUUUUCUCCAUGGUAAAUUACUUCUGCCUGCCCUGCCACCAGAAGAAGCAGAGACAGGUCCUGACCAGAUACUCCAAUAGUACCUCCAGCAACCACACCUGCUCUACCAAUGUUAUCAAGGAGACUGUGUACUGAUCUCUGAUUAGCUAAUGCUAAUUAAUAUCACCUGGCAAGCAAGGGAGGAUCAUGGCUACAGUAAAGUCAAAGCAGCAGAAUUAGUCUCAGACUGAAUGUGCCAAUAACGGUAUUCGUUGUUUUUUUUUUCAUCAGCCUUCAGGGAAAGGGGAAGGUAAGAGUCAUUUUCAUAAUUGCCCAAAACUUUAAGCUUUAUACGCAUACUCAGUGUUCAAAAUAUUAAUUUCAUGGCUUGUUAAUUAUUUUCAGUUCAGGUGGCCUGUGAAUUUUCUUGAGCAGAAUUAAGAAAGAAAGAUUUUCAUUCUAUACGCCAGUUCUAUAUUUUAGCCUAAUAAUGUAGCGACAUGCUAUAUGUCUAUGUAUUUAGAAUGCCAAAAGGAUAAUUGUCCUACUCUCAUUGCGGCCAACGAAUAUUGACGUUUGAAAAAAAAUCCUAAAAUUGUAGAAGGUUGCAAAAGGAUUCCACUGUCCGUCAGCGUAACUCGUCAUUUUUGACAUGCACAGAGCUGAAAGAGUACCAGCAUAACAGACCCGGAUCCUGAGAACACAAAACAGCACCUUAGACUUCAAACAGAGACCGUGUCACCUCUGAGAGUCUGAGAGCGGCAGGAAAUAGCAUGGAUGACAGCUACAUUAUUUCCUUGUUAGCUCAAAAGGGAGCGUGCUGCCAUGUUGGAUAUAUCACUGUGUUGCAGAGGAAGCUUUGUCUGUCUUCACAGGUGCUUCACCCUUUAAGUGACAUUCAGCAUAAACCUUUCAGUACAAAAGGAAAAAUCUGUUUUCCAAAAUAGAAACACUGUGCCCAGUAGAUAAAGAGAAAUUUUUCAUUAAGACUCCUCUGCAGAUAGUUCUAAAGACGGCUGCAUUUCUAGUCAUGUGUGUUCGCGUCCAUCCUAGGCUGUGAAUGUUUUUCAUCAUCAUCCAGCUUGGCGAUAGUGCAUCAUCCAAAUGUCUCUCAAUUCUAUUUUUACAGACAUCAUAGCAAAUGAAUGUCCCAUUACAUUUUGCUAUAUGUGGUUUAAAGCAUUGGAAGACUGUGCCCAUUUCUUGUCUUAUUCAAAUUGCUGUAGCAAACCAGCCUCAUGAAUUAACCAUAAUGGUCAGAACACCGACUGAAAAACAGCAAUGUGUUUUCUGUUUCAUUUAAAUCCAGUCCACUUAGAGAAUAGAAUAAGGAGUACAGAAUGAAAACAGUGUUUUCAUUCCCAAUUCUUACACAUAAAAAUGAUUUAAUAAUCAUACGUUUGGUUUUUUUUUCAUUCAGCAUAAUUCUGCUGGGAUAGACAAAAAGAGAACAUUUGUCAUGAAAACAAUCAUUUUAAAACUGUAACUACAUGAGAACAGUAUGUAACUCCACUUGCCACCAUUUACACAUGUAGUGAUUUCAGGCGGUUAGAAAUGGCAAACUUUCAUCUUUAUCUCCCCUUUGAUAAUUACACAUGAUUUGUUCAGCAUGAAUGAAUCAUAUAUCAAGAACCGUAUUCACAGCAUCUGCUAUGUGAGCAAAGUGUGAUUACAUCAUUAUUACAUGUGAAGGUGAAUCCUCAUUUUGCCACUGUGAUGAAUUUGUAUUUUGCUUUUUUGUGAUUGCAAAGUUUGUUGUAUUGAAGCUAUUCUUGUGAAGUCAUGUGGCUUGCAUCUAUUAUUGAAAAAAGGAUUGUAAAAAUGAGGAAGAAUUAAGUAUCUGUUACUGUAUAUAUUUAUUUCUAGACAACUGAAUGAGAACAUGUAUGACAUAUACACUCACCUAAAGGAUUAUUAGGAACACCUGUUCAAUUUCUCAUUAAUGCAAUUAUCUAA